CAUAAUACAAUGUGUUUUUUCCACAAAUCGUAGUCAAAGUUUAUAAACUUUGACCAAGAAAAGUCAAAUGUGAAGAACAUUUUCGGACGGAUGGAGUAUCAUUUUCAAUGACAUGUUUUAAAGGUGAUUGGAAAUUGUGCAUUUAGAAAGAUGGAUGGAGCGAAGAAGAAGAGAGGAUGCUGGUAGAAGCCCACCAGAAGCUCGGCAACAAGUGGGCCGAGAUCGCCAAACGCAUACCCGGAAGGCCCGAAAAUGCAAUCAAGAAUCACUGGAAUGCCACCAAAAGGCGGCAGAAUUCGCGCAGAAAGGGCGCGAAGAAUGCCAAAAAUAAUCCAAGUCCCAACAAGUUAUCCACCGUUCUUCAAGACUACAUUAGGGCCAAGUGCCUCGGCACGGCUGGAGCCGCCGUGCCCGAGGACGACCCGUCUUCAGUCCACUUCGGGUCGGACGAGGACGACGAGUUGGACUGCAACGAGUCGUCCUCGUUUUUGGCAACUGAGCAGACGCACGUCGAGGAGAUGAACUUCAUGGAAACCCUAUUUGGAAAAACUGCACCGCCCGAUAACGACCGCAAGAUUGCGGGCGGUUUGACGCCAAUGCCGGUGUUUGGUGACUCGAUCAUCGCCACGCCGCCAUCGCCGCCGCCACAAGCUAACCAGUUCUGGAGUCCCGACAACAACUACAUCUCGUAUUUGUUGGAUGGGGGCACGCCACCUUCGUCGUCGUCCAAUGGCGACGGUUGCUAUGAAGGGCGCAAAGUCAGGGACGCAGACCGAUUUACGAUGAUGAAGUACUGCAAUGGCGGCGAAUUAUCGCCGCCAUCCUCCUCAAGUGGCGCCGGAGGUAAUGAGAAGAAGGAUAUUGACUUGAUGGAGUUGGUCUUUCCUUCUCAUUUCUCCUAAUAAGUAAGCAAAGGAGCCAUAUAUAUACCAUUAGUACCAACAACUUCAAUUCCCAUUUUAUUAUGUGACGCAUUUUCUUGUAUGUUUUAUUAUGUUGUUAAUUUCUAUGAAUUACUAAGUUAAACUGAGUGGGAAAGCUUAAUGUGAAUGCACUUAGGUUUCAUGGG